AUGCAAGGGUUACGCCACUGCUCUGACGACGCUGUCCACCUUGACCUAACACCUCCUCCACCACCACCACCACCACCACCAACGAACUCCUCCUCCUCCUCCUCCUUAUCCAUCGACUUGGACGAAACCACUGAGGCACGAAUCCAGCGCCUGAUCUCGGAGCACCCGGUCAUCAUCUUCAGCCGAUCCUCUUGCUGCAUGUGCCACGUCAUGAAGAAGCUGCUAGCCACCAUCGGCGUCCAUCCCACCGUCAUCGAACUAGACGACCACGAGAUCGCCGCUCUCCCUGCCUCCUCCGACCUCGACACCGAAUCCCUCCGCAAUCGCGCCCCCGCCGUUUUCAUCGGCGGCGCCUGCAUAGGCGGUUUGGAGUCCCUGGUCGCCCUCCAUCUCAGCGGCCACCUCGUCCCCAAGCUAGUCGAAGUCGGUGCUCUAUGGGUAUGAUUCACCAUUGAUUUUAUCCCAUCUUAAUUAAUAUUAAAAAAAACAAAAAAAGAAGAGAGAUGUCGAUAUAACUAAUUUGUAUGAUAUCGUUAGGAGUAUGAAAUCUGAAUCCGCGAGGCGUUUGCCCGUUUAGUAUGGAAACGACGAGCAUAACAGAAUUAGGAAAACCUUUUGUUGUUUGAUUGGGUUCUGUUGGUUUCUGUUACUUUUGGGGGGAUGGAUGGUGGACACGGAGUCAGUGGUCAAUAUAGGAAAAGAAUGGAUUCGAAUAAUCAUAUCAAAAAGAGAGGGAGGGAGGGAGGGAGGGAGGGAGGGAGAAUGGAUUCGAAUAAAUGUGCGAGGGAGGUUUUGGCGUGAAGGAUACUCGCUGGUUAUGGAGGGAACACGUGUACAGGGUAUCCAGUACGUGCAGUGCAGUCAGGAAACGUUGCCGGGGUUCCACAACGUUUCGCGGAGUCAGUCAGAGCAAGUCAGUCUCCGUGUCAGUCUUUUGGGUCCCAUUCCCAAUUAUUAAGCACUCAAAGCAGUAGAUGCAUAGCCCCAGUAGCUCGCUCCCUCUCCUCACCCCAAAUCCCAAAGUCUCUCUCUCAUCUCUCUCUGCAUAAAAAUCAAUUAUCAAUCAUAUAUGUAUUUGUUGGGUUGGUGUAUCCGUAGAUAAGGCAGAUGAGAAAUGCGUUUUCCUUUGGGAUUUCUCUUUCAUCCUGCGCGUCCAUCUGUUGUUUGCGCCAUCUGCCAAGGACAGGAACGAUCCUGGCCGUCCUAAGAAGGAAGGGAAGAGCUUCGCGGCCAUUGUUUAUGGGGUUGAGUCGUUAAGAAAGAUGGGAAAAUGAAAGGAGGAGUGGGUGGGGGUUUACAGAGUAGUAGUUUGGAAAAGAAGAUGAAAAUGAUGCAUAAGGGGAAAGGAAGCAUGCGGACAAAUGCUUGUUCAAUUAUUGGAAAUCAAAUGUCCUUAGCAAACACGACUCCUCUCCUCUCUUUUGGCGCUCUGCUCUCUCGUCCCUCUCAUCAACGCCCGUUCCAUCCCACGGCUCGUGUAAUUGUGUUCUCCCGUAUCAAAUCAAAUAUGCUGAAUUCCUUGUUAGUUUUGUUAGAUUUCUCAGAAUUACUUGUGGUAUCUUGUGUUCGCAUGACGCGGUUCCCUCUAGUCAGUAUCAUGCACAUUAAAGCAGACGGAAUCCCUUUUGUUGUUGUUGUUGUUUUCUUUUUUCUUUUUUUUUUUUGGGUACCAGGUCACCAUGUAUUGUUUUUUUUAUUUUAUCUUGAAAACGAUAUGAGAUGGAAUGAAUAUUUAUGUUUA